AUGAGCGUCUUGUUUGGUGUGAGCUUGAUGUUUCUAUGUAUCUUCUUCAUCAAGGGUUCUUUGUCAAAGCUUGAACGGUUGGAGCAUCCGGUGACGAAAUAUGAUGGCUCUCUGAGUUUUUUGGUCGUCGGAGAUUGGGGACGAAAAGGAGGCUUUAAUCAAUCUCUCGUUGCUCAUCAGAUGGGAAUUGUGGGAGAGCAACUAGACAUAGAUUUUGUGAUAUCGGUAGGAGAUAAUUUCUACGACGACGGCUUGAAAGGAGAUACUGAUCCUGCCUUUGAAGCCUCGUUCUCUCAUAUCUACACUCAUCCUAGUCUCCAAAAACAGUGGUAUUCUGUUUUGGGGAACCAUGAUUACAGAGGAAAUGUUUCAGCACAACUCAGUCAAGUUCUCACCCAAAAAGAUUGGAGAUGGUUCUGUCGCAGAUCUUUUGUCUUAUCCUCAGGAAUGGUGGAAUUUUUCUUCGUGGACACAAAUCCAUUUGUAGAAAAAUACUUCACAGAUCCAGAAGAUCACACUUAUGAUUGGAGCAACGUCUUACCCAGAAAGAAAUAUAUCUCAAACCUUUUACAUGAUUUAGAUUUACAGAUGAAAAAGUCGUGUGCCAAGUGGAAAUUUGUGGUCGGACAUCAUGGGAUCAAAACCGCAGGCGAACACGGUGUGACCCAAGAGCUCGUAGAUCAACUCGUUCCAAUUCUAGAGGAGAACAAAGUGGACUUGUACAUAAACGGGCACGAUCACUGCUUGCAACACAUUGGUUCUGACGGUGAGAUUCAAUUUCUGACAAGUGGGGGAGGAUCAAAGGCAUGGAGAGGAAAUGUACAAUCAUGGGAUCCAAAAGAACUCAAACUGUAUUACGACGGACAAGGUUUCAUGUCUCUUCACGUCACUCACUCUCAAGCUAAGUUCAUCUACUAUGAUGUUUCCGGCAAUGUUCUUCACCAAUCCACAUUGUCCAAAAGUUUCAAAAGGAAUCAUCCAUUCUAG